AUGUGCACAACUCCAACGAGAAUCAAAGACGUAUUCAAAUACAUCAACACGGUGGUGUCUUGUGUUGUAUUCUUGUGUGGAAUAGUUGGAAACGUUGCUUUACUCAGAAUCAUAAAGGAAAAUAAAUGUAUGAGAAGUGGACCAAAUAUUAUCAUUGCCAGUUUGGCUCUGGGGGACCUCAUACACGUUUUUAUAGAUAUACCCAUUAAUGUGUACAAGCUUUUGGCUGUGGACUGGCCGUUUGGUGUUACAAUCUGCAAAAUGGUCCCGUUCAUUCAGAAAACUUCUGUUGGAAUCACAGUACUAAGCUUGUGCGCUCUGAGCAUCGACAGGUAUCGGGCUGUCGCGUCAAGGAGUCGUACGAAAGGACUGGGAGUUCCAAAGCGGACGGCAGUAAAGCUGCUAUUGAUAUGGACAAUGUCAACUCUUCUGGCGGUGCCCGAAGCUAUCGCUUUUGACGUGAUUACAAUGAAUUAUAAAGGGCAACAUCUGAGAAUAUGUCUCCUUCAUCCAGUGCAGCCCUCUCCGUUCAUGGAGUUUUACAAAUCCGCCAAGGACUGGUGGCUGUUUGUGUUUUAUUUCUGUGCGCCUCUGGUCUGCACGGCAGUUUUCUACACCCUCAUGAGCCGUGUGAUGCUCAGGACGUCAAGUGGCGCUCACGCGGCCAUCAGCUCGCAUAUCAGACAGAGGCGUGAAGUGGCGAAGACUGUUUUCAGUUUGGUGGUGGUGUUUGCUGUUUGUUGGCUGCCACUGCAUCUCAGCCGAAUCCUGAAAUCGACCAUUUACGAUGAAACGGACCCCAACAGGUGUGAUCUGCUGAGUGCUUUCUUGGUCCUAAACUAUAUUGGCCUCAACAUGGCAUCUUUGAAUUCGUGCAUCAAUCCAAUCGCCUUGUACAUGGUCAGCAAAAGAUUCAAAAACUACUUUAAGUCCUCUCUGUGCUGCUGGUGCAGUUCUACCCCAGUGCCCGUCUCAGAGGACCAUCAAACUUUCAUGAGGUCAAAGGUCACCGAACAGGCCUCGGACAACAGCAGCUCCCUAAAAAACGAGCCCCCCAGCAGUCCAACAGACCAAUCCAACAGCUCCCAUUUUUGUCCGACAAAACUUUUAUGUUUCAGAAUAUGA